CUCUCUCUAGAAUUUUUUUUUUUUUUUUUUUGGGUCUAUGUCUCAUGAUUUUUGCUUAUUAUUUUGUUGUUGGGGUCAAAUUAAACUGAAAUGAGUGAUUAAAAAAACCAAAAAAAAGAUGGGAAAUCUGUGCUCUACCCCUUUGUUAGUGUGAACUGUUGAGCAAAGUUAAAGUCUCUAUUCACACAUACCUUCAACAAAUCUUGAAGAAUUGGAGAAUCUAGGGUUUGAAUUUACCAAAGGUCUGUCUUUUUUUUUUCUUGUUUAAAUUCUCUUACUUGACUUUUUUCACUUCAUUUUCCUUUGUGUUGUGAAAUUUCUAUGUCUUAAACUUUGAUCUUAAUCUGGGUCAUUUUCAUCUUUGAUUUUUAAGUUUUUGAGUCAAAUCUUAUGUUCUUAUUUUUAGUCUAAUUUCUUGAACUUGAAUGAAAGGUUCAAUUUUUAUUCUUGGAAUUUGACUAUCUGAUUCUUAACCUUAAUGGGUCUUUGAAAUUCUGAUUUUUAUUGUCAUUUGAAAAGUAAUUUGUGUUGAAAUGAUGGUUGAACUUUUCCUGCAUUUUUGGGGGUGGGAGUUUAGGGUUUGAAAACUUAGUUGAGUUUUUGUUGUUGUUGGUGUUGUUUUUGUUGCAUAUUUUGUGUCCUCCUUAAAAAUGGAAGGGGUUGAGGAAGCUAACAAAGCAGCUGUUGAGAGUUGUCAUAGAGUUCUUAGUAUUAUAUCUCAACCCCAAGAUCAAAACCAGUUUAGGAAUUUAGCUGCUGAAACUCAACAAAGUGUGACAAAAUUCAAAAGAGUUGUAUCUCUUCUUAGUAAAGGAAUAGGUCAUGGAAGAGCUAGAAUAGUGAAAAAUAGGAGUACCCCUUUUCAUCAAAGUAUUUUCUUAGAGAGUUCUAAUGGUCCUAAGGUUGAACCAAGUUGUAGUAGUCAACCUGUUAAGGCUCUUCAAUUGCUGAAAACCAACUUGAAUGAGGGUUUGAUUCAAGAAAAUGGAUCCACAACUGGGAAAAGUUGUUUGUCUUUGGGUGGGAAUUUGUCACUAGAAAUGAGCUCAAGUGGGAAAACCCCACUUCAGCUUCAUCAUCCGAGUUCGACUGCGCAUUAUCAGUUGUUUCAGCAACAGAAGCUUCAGCAGCUUCAGCAACAACAGCAGUUGAAACAUCAAACUGAGAUGUUGUAUCGAAGGAGUAAUAGCGGGAUUAAUCUGAAUUUCGAUAGUUCUAAUUGUACCCCGACAAUGUCAUCGACUAGGUCGUUUAUUUCUUCGUUGAGUGUUGAUGGUAGCGUGGCAAAUUUGGAUGGGAGUGGGUUUAAUUUGAUCGGUGUGAGUCACUCAUCGGACCAGUUAUUGAGUCAGCAUAGGAAGAGGUGUUCUGGCAAGGGUGAAGAUGGGAGUGUGAAAUGUGGGAGCAGUGGAAGAUGUCAUUGUUCCAAAAAGAGGAAACAUAGGGUGAAGAGAUCAAUCAAAGUUCCUGCUAUCAGUAACAAGCUGGCUGAUAUCCCUCCAGACGAGUAUUCUUGGCGGAAGUACGGGCAGAAGCCGAUUAAGGGUUCACCUCAUCCUAGGGGUUACUAUAAGUGUAGCAGCAUGAGAGGAUGCCCGGCAAGGAAGCACGUUGAGAGGUGCUUAGAAGAUCCGUCAAUGCUUAUUGUUACUUAUGAAGGUGAUCACAAUCAUCCCCGCCUACCAUCACAAUCGGCGAACACAUGAUUCAAUGAUGCAGGGUUGCCAUGAUGAAACCUCGUCAGCUUUUGUGCAAAAAUGGUAGAUUGAUCUGAAUUGCUCCUGUACAUAGUUCCUUUGACUCAGGCAAGUGAAAAGUUAUGGAUAGUCUUUCAGUAUUUUGGGAGCAAUUUUUUGAGGGAGUUCUAGAGAGAUCAUUGUAUUGCGAUUAUUAUGAGGUUUCAAGGGUGGGUGUGUCUUAAAAGUGUAAAAAUCUCUUCAUCUUCUUUGACAUUCUGGGUUUAUUAUAGUUGGGGAGGUGUCUAUAUGGUUCAGAACUUUUAGCAUGUCAAUGUUUCUGAGUUUAAAUCUUGCAUUCUUCAUAUCUUUUACCA